AUGCCUGCGCUUCUUCCUUCCAUCUUCCCAGCCUCUCUCUUCCCACUCCAGAACCUCACCAUGUCGCUCGUCACCAAUUUCCUCUCGGACGCCGUCAACUUCUCGCAGAAUGCUGCCGGCCUCUCGCAGUCUUGCCAGACCAACACGCCUGGUGGCCUCCUCUUGCUCACUUCGUUUUGGGAUUAUUCUCCUGCCACAGGACCCUCGGACAGUUGGACCAUUUGCGAUGGAAGCUACGAAUCCUCGUGCGACUCCUCGCGCAACAGCAACCAGAUUGCCAAGGUGCUGCAGGACAAUGGCGCUGACGACGUGCUCGAUUAUAUGAACACGUACUGGGUCGACAUCAACGGCAACCAGGGAAGCUUCUGGUCGCACGAGUGGGACAAGCACGGUACCUGCGUCUCCACGAUCGCGCCUUCGUGCUACUCCAACUACCACAGCGGCCAGGACAUCGUUGAUUUCUUCACCACGGCUACCGACCUCUUCAAGCAGUACGACCUCUACGGCGCCCUCUCUGCCGCCGGUAUCCAACCCAGCACGUCCAAGACAUACACGUUGGCCCAGCUUCAGAAUGCCGCCAAGAAGGCCUUUGGCCAGACGCCAGCCUUCCGCUGCAAGUCGGGCGGCAACGUCGACGAAGCCUGGUUCUUCCACCAGACGACAGGUCGCGCCACCAGCGCAUCCAACUUCGUCCUCGUCGCCCCGCUCGACGGCCAAACGACCUGCCCCUCGUCGGGCAUCAAGUACAACCCCAAGAGCGGCUAG